AUUGGUGGUGAAGGACGAACCGUGUAAGAACAGAAGCUGUGAUUGGCUGAAAGAGACAGUCUCGCUCCGCAGGUCUCUCAGCGUGGACACUGAGUGAAGAUGGCGAGCUGGUGUGUGCGUGUGAUCAGACAGAGCUCCUCUAUCAUAACGUCCCCUUCACUCGGAAGGGUGACUCCACGCCUCCUUUGCACAGCAGCCCAACAGAAAAGCUCAGGAACUGGGCCUGAAGAAGAGAAACCAGAGCCCAUUGCAGCUGAGAAAGCCUUCAAAGAAGAAAAGACACAACUGGAAGAACAGCUGAAGGAUAUUACGGACAAAUACAAGCGUGCACUAGCAGACACUGAGAACCUUAGGCAAAGGAGUCAAAAGAUGAUUGAUGAUGCUAAGCUUUAUGGAAUCCAGGGCUUCUGUAAAGAUCUCUUAGAGGUGGCCGACAUCUUGGAGAAAGCAACCGAAAGUGUACCAAAAACUGAAAUAUCUACUGCCAAUCCACACCUGAAAAAUCUUUAUGAUGGCCUUGUAAUGACUGAGGUGCAGAUCCAAAAGGUCUUCCAGAAGCACGGCCUUGUUAAGCUUAACCCUGAUGGUCAUAAGUUUGACCCUUAUGAGCACGAGGCUGUCUUUCAUGCACCUAUUGAGGGCAAGGAGCCAGGAACCAUAGCUGUAGUUACCAAAGUAGGCUACAAGCUGCACGGUCGCACCCUCCGGCCAGCUCUGGUGGGUGUAGUUAAAGCCCCCUAACUGGUCGUACACACUAAUGAUGGUUAUUGCCUAGUCAACUGAUCAGUUUCUGUAAUUUAGCUGGUCUUUGGUUCCACAUUUUUUUCCUUUGUUAAAGGUGCCUCUGAGAGGUGAAAUCCAAUAUAUUGACAACUGAAGGACAAUACUAAUAUUUGUGAUUUAAUAAUGAUUAUCAAAAGUAUAAGAGCUGAGUGUGUAUGUGAUAGAAGAUUCGGAGAAUUGAAUCUGUGAAUUGAAUUGGCUUGAAGAGUAUUCUCUGGAGGAUUGUUACCAUUCCAGGGACUUCUGAGAUCUAAAGAAACAGAAUCUUUCGAAGAACAUUAAGCUUUUAAAGAAACACUGCAGCAUAUCACUUUGUUGAACAAAUUUUAUACUUAAGCGUGUUUGCUCCUAUUAAUUACUUUACUGAAAAACGAUAGCAGGUUGGUGAUGUUUAUGACCGCAGUUGUAAGAUUCCACUUUUUUUUUUUUUUCAGUGUUAUGCAGGUUUUGAAUUUAUUUGUAUGUGAGAAUAAUAGGUCUUCUUUACAGAACUUGGAGUGAUAUUUUAUCCAAAAAUAAAAUUACAAUCAUUUACCUGCUGGCAGUUGUACUUGCUAACUUUAACCAUUAGUUUCAUAGUGUGCAAACAUGAAGAAAUAUCAACUGCUGAUGUUUUGUGAAGAUCUGGGUAACAGGAGGAUGGCCACUUAAGGCUGCUGGAGAGAUCAGUCAUUUGUGGUUGGAAUAUGAAAAGAAUAAUGCCAUACUAAUGGAAAAAUAUUAUUACUUUUCCAUCUAUGGGAACAAGCAGACAACUGUCAAAUAAACCAUGUACCUCUUUUCAA